GGGGAGGGAGCCCAGCAACAGUGACCAGCCCACAGCGGCGCGCGCAGAAACCGUUAAGUCAGUGGAGCAUCGCGCACGCGCCGUAGCCCGGUCACUGGGGAGCAUCGCGCACGCGCAGAGCAGAGUCGAGCUCGACGGGCGCUGCCGGAGCUGUGACAGCAACAAAGAGAAUUUCAAGGAGGUGGAAUUAGACUGAACGCUGCUCAUUUCAAGCAACUUAUUAUUUCAGCACUGAAGGAAUUGCAUGGAGAGGUAUGAGAUCAUUGACCCUGUGAUGGACUAUUGUACUUCUCUGAAUUCCCGUAAAUAUAAUUCCAUUGACUCUUUUUUUGUAUGGUCCAGAAGCAACCAUUAUGAUGAUCUAGUUUCUAGUGUUGGUGCAGCCUUGCCUGUUGAUGUCUUAACAUAUGAGGAAAAAACCCUCUCUGCAAUACUAAGAGUUCCUAGCAGUGGCCUUGUCAAGCUGUGGAGUGCUCUAACACUGCUGGGCUCCUACCAGAACAGGAAGUGUGCUUUCAGAGUGAUACAGACCUCUCCAUUUCUCCUUGCGUUAUCUGGGAACAGUAGAGAACUCAUCCUGGAUUGAGUACACAGGAGACAUGGUUGGACUGUAAGAAGCAGACAUUGC